AUGUUCUGUACAGCAGCUCUUGCUAUCGAGUCCCGUGGUACCACUGAAAUUGCAAGGAGGACUGUUCUCGACGAAGCCUCAAUUCCUGUUUCCAAACCCUAUAACCGGACUUCGACACUCCCACCGGAAAUCCUGUCGCAGAUAUUUCUUGCUGCGAAGGACGGGAGGCUCCCUGCUGGUACGCCCAAGGAAGCAGGCUGGUUGAACGUUGCUGGCGUAUGUCAGGAAUGGCGCAAAAUCGCGCUCGCUUCCCCUCGAAUGUGGUCUUCCAUCGACCUCUCGAAGCCCGAUUGCGCCCUAGAACUCUUCAGGCGAUCCAAGGCCGCGCCUCUGCGGAUAUACUGCAGCACGAGUCCCCUGGACAUCGCCACAGCCGAUAGAGAUAUGAUCAAGUCCGUUAUGGCGGAAAUAAGCCGUGUAAAAGAAAUUGAUAUCUGUGCAACCAUGCAGCACGAGAUUGUCUGGUUCCUGGGGUUCAACCUGGGUGCAAGCGCUCCGUUGCUGGAACACCUUCGCCUGAUCGUUUCGGAUCAGGGACUACCAUCCGCUACUGCUCCAUUCCCUCUCGUUGCCAUGCGCCGCCAAAUGCCUUCCCUUCGUCGCCUCACUCUCCAAAAAAUCAAUAUUUCUGAGCUCCCACCGCUGCCUCAUCUAACGCACUUGGCCAUCUCGCUCGAUGAUUGGUCCACAAUGCGACCAAUGUCUUUGCUUUCUUCCCUCCGCCAUUCUCCCAAACUAGAAGAACUCGACAUCACUGGCUUGGUGCGGGACAAACCUGGAGCCUCCCCGCCUCGCGUUAAGCUUCCGAAUCUCACGCGUAUAUCCAUCACGUCCUUUGAUCUUGAAUCCUCUGCUAUCUUUGACAGCCUUGAGUAUCCGCCCAGCUCGUCCGUGGCAUUCACCAACGAAAACUGUCUUUCAGGAGCACCAGAUCUUUCCAGCCUAGUCCGACUUUGUGGACGGCUCCUUGAAGAAGGCGCUCCUGCCGCGCAAACGAUCUCCUUUAUAUCGUCUCGACUGGUUGUUUCGUGCCAGGGACCUCCAAUCUCCGACAGGCUUUCCAUCACUCUCGACAUGGGGUAUGGUAACCAGAGUGCCGCCUUCAUUCCUCUCUCCUCGGCCCUGCCACUUGAAUCCGUCCUUGACUUGGAGAUAGGCCAGUUCUCCGAGUCCGACGUCACAGACGCGCAGUGGAUAACGAUUUUCCAACGCUGCAAGGCAUUGGAAAGACUGCGCCUCCGAGACCAGGCCCCCCUCUCCCUAUUUGAGGGCUUCGUCAAGGCGCCCCAGUCUGGGUUGCCUCACCCUGCACCAAAGCUGCAAUCCAUCGAUCUAGUGGAGUGCACCAUCAUUGAGCAAGAAUUCCGCGAUUUUUAUCCCGACGAGUCGUACCCAUUCAACAUAUUUGAGAGGUUUCUCGGGCUGCGAAAGCACUCCAAUUUGCCGGUCAGGGACGUGUAUAUCGAGAAUUGUGAGAUCACCAAAGACGCUGUUGCGAGGCUCGAGCGGUCACGGUAUACAAACAUAAUCUGGGAUGGUGUGGACCCAGAUGAUAUGGGAGAAGACUCGGAAGACUUAGAUGAUGAUGAUGAGGAGGAGGAGGAGGAGGAGGAGGAGGAGGAGGAGGAGGAGGAGGAGGAAGAAGAAGAAGAAGAGGAAGAGGAUUACGAUCAGGAUGGAUCCGACGAUGACUAG